CAUACAUACACACACACACACUCAGGAGGGUAGUGUGUGAGCCAGCCAGCCAGUCAGUCAGUGUGAGUGUGUAAGCCAUGUUGGAUGUGAAUGAACGGGAGGAGAGAUGCUGCUGCCGCGCCGCUCCUAACGCUCAGACCUCCAGCUCCACGGACCACAGCGGGUAGAUGCCAACUCUCCAGGCCGACGGAGAGACGGGGGAGCCUGGGGGAAGGUGUCGGGCGGUGCCGGCGGUCCUGGAACUGGCCACCUAGCCGGAACGAGGGAGAGAGAGAAGUAACGGGGAGAAGGGGAAGACGCACUCGAGAGAGACAGAGAGAGAAUAGAGGUGGAAGAGGGAGAAAGGAGGGGAGAGACAGAGAAAGGAAGAGACUAAAUGGCUGCACCGCUACCGGGCUUCACCCCGCUCCUGCUCUCGUCUCUGGCACUCCACCUGCUUCUCCUCGGCCCUUUGUUUGCCCUCACCCCGGGGACGGUGAAUACAGGAGGAGCUUUCAACCGAUGGACCCCGGGCCUCUGUUACCGAGACGCCGGUAAAGUGAGCCAGCAGCAACAGCAGCAGCAGCGCGAGGAAGCAGGGGAGUCGCCGAGGGGCAGCUGGAAUCUACGCCCAAGCAGGUGGACCGGGGAGCGGAUACAGACUGAAGGAUGCUCAGGAGUGCAGCGCGCAGGGGGGACGCCGGGAAGAUAUCACCAGGAUGGGACACGGAAGGAGAGGCAGAAAGGAGUCGGGACGUUUUCGAGGAGUGGAAACAGCCCCCCGACACCAUCAUCACCUCCUCCGCCUCCUCCUCACCACCCAGGUAUUAGGAGCAGGUCGAGCACUGAUGGCGUCGGCGCAGGAGAGGGAGUGGAUAGAGGGUGGAUGAGGAGGAAGGGCGUUGUUUCUCCUCCUGCUUCACCUGCUUUCACCUCCUCGCCGGUUCAAAACGGCAAAAAACGGGCAGUACAAAGGACUAGAGCGUGCGCGCAACGGUGGCCGGCGUCAAGGCCACACCUCGCCAAACGUGGCGCCGCCAGAGCCUUUGUGCGCGCCUCUGGCCUGUGCGGGGCACCCGGAAGUGGAGGGAGGAGAGGGGUAGAGGUGUGGGAGAGGGCUCGUGAGGUGAGGAGGCUCUCUGCUACAUGGUGCUCCCUGACACCCGGGCAUCUCUGCUGGUCAAGCCCUGACAAACAAGCCCUCUCCCCGGCCAGCAGCCCCUCACUUGGCCCCUUGCCAACCGGUUGCUCUUGUUGCAUUCAUCCUCAAUCUGGAUACAAAUCACCACACAGUGAGGCUUCAGACACCUCCAGAUUUCACCCCCGUUUCAGCAGCAAUUCAGAUUGUACCCAGGGAUCAAAAUUGGACUACAUUUAUCAUUUUCCAGCUUGUGAUUCCCCCCAGACCGGCCACACAGAUAAAAUCCAGCUGCAUCCCGUUUACAGGAGCAGAAACAAUAACAGGACCCGGGAUGCUGAUGGGGACUCAGCCAGCGUGGACAGGAGGGCUGGUAAUUGUUCUCAUUUGGGAAGGCACAAUGUUAUCGAUCCCAGCAGCAUCAGAGAGGGGGGUGAUGAUGGCUGUUUGACUGGGUGCAUUAGGUGCGAGGAGAGGGAGAGGAGGGCGCGGAGUGGGGGAGCUGAAGAGGAGGAGGAGGGGGAGGAAGCGUUCAGAUGUAGCACACCGGCAGUGAUUAACCCCAGUACCUGGGCGCACCUAGAUGGUUGUGGAAGAAUUGUGGAUAAGAGGGAGAGGGAUGAGAGGAGAGAGGGAAAUGAUGGGCGAGGAGGAGGAGGGGUGAACCAAGGCAACAAACACAUUAAUUUAUCUAAUUAUCCGGAUAAUGGUUUGGCUUUUCCGAUUCUGACGCUCCUAUGUAAGGCUUAUAAUGAGCUUCCGCAGGGGAAAUCAGCACCGGCAACCGGAGGGCAGAGCAGUCAAACCCGGGGAGAAAGCAGGGAGGUUCCCGGUGCUUGCUUUGGUUGUUUGGACGGAAUUGAAAUGGGGGAUGGAUAUUUAGCCGAGUUUAUGGUCCCGGAGGGAGUCAUAGCUCAGAGGAAUCUCCCCAUCCAAUUUCCCCCCGGCAGCAUCACAGAGACGCCCGGCCAACGUUUUCCAUCCAGCAAAAGCGCAAUUCCCAAAUUUGCAUCAAAGUAUCUUGGCCCUGCGCUCCAUACGCCCCCUCAAUCACACACAGGCGAUUAUACAGAGAGUGGAGAACUCUCCAAACCGCUCCGUCUAUGUGCUGAGAAAGUAACUUCAGACUCAGAGUCUGCCUGUGACUCAGGCUUUUUCUCGCCUGCGAAGUUUCCCGUUAAAUCUCCCGGUGUUGUGUCAGCCGCGUCUCGCUCUGCAACAGCACUCGCACCGCGUCUUCUCAGUCAGCCUGAUGACAUCACAGCAAAACACCUCUCGUUUUCCCCGGUAAUUAACCUGACCGCGUGGCAGGAUGAGUCUGCACAACCGCUUCACUUACUCUCUGUGAAGGACGUGAUUUCAGCACGACGGACAGCUCCCACAGACCCACAGCGCGUGUUCCUGUGGAGCAGAUUCAACAGCAACAGUAAUAACAACAACGAAGAGGAGGGGAGAAAGGAGACAUAUGGACACAGUCAUGAAUCUGGUGUAGAAAAAUCGCCGUGGCAUGGUCAGACUGUGCAACAAGGCGACUGGGAGACCGCGCUGGGAGAAAUGGUAAAGGCAGGGUGCGCUCAGAGCGUCUCCACAGACUGUUCAGCCACUGAGCAGGGGGACCGUACACAUAUGCAAUUAAAAUCCGGUAAGCAAGUGCCAUUAGAGCCCGAAGGUGUCAGACAGUCAGAUAGGCGGCAGAUGGGGGCCGAGGGAGAAAAGGAGAGGGAUGCAGAAAGGGAGGGAGAGGGCUUGGAGGGAUCCGCUGCUGCCGCUGUUGGGAGAGGAAAAUUACAGGUGGGGGAGGGCGAGAGAGAGGCGCGGCUGAUGGGAGGGAGAGAACCAGGGGGAGAAGAGCAAGAGGAGGAGGAGUGGGAGAGGGAAAUGGGAAUAACAAAGGCAAGCCAGGCAGAGGAGAGUGAGGCAGAGGGAGGGAAGGGUCAGGAUAGGGGCAGUAGCACCACCACCAUCACACAGCCAGAUAGCGAAAGAGAGAAAAAAGAGAGCCAGGCAGAUGAAAGCCAUGAGGUUGGAGAGGGGGAGGAGAUGGAGGUGGAAGGGGAGGAGGAGAGGCACAGUUCAAGGGGAGAGAGAAGCCUGGAACGACUGAUAAUAGUAGCAGAUGAUGAAAUCUCACAGGGAGAGAGGGGGAGGAAGAUUCUGAUGCCGUGGUCUCGCUCUCGACGUGCAGCCAACAGACAUCCCCAUUUCUCCCAGUAUAACUUCCAAGUGCAAGUAGCUGAGAACCAGCCACCUGGCACCUCAGUCAUUAUCAUGUCCGCCUCAGACCCAGAUGCAGGAGAUGCAGGCAGGGUGAGCUACAGCAUGGCCCCACUGAUGAACAGUCGAUCAUCUGACUACUUCCACAUCCACCCAGACACAGGUCUCAUCACCACCACUCAGAUUCUAGACAGAGAGCACAUGGAUCUGCAUUACUUCCGGGUCACAGCAACCGAUUUUGGCGCCUCUCGCCUCUCUGGCACCACAAUGGUGGCCAUUACUGUUUCAGACCGGAAUGAUCAUUCACCAAUAUUUGAGCAGACGGAGUACAGGGAGACGAUCAGGGAGAAUGUGGAGGAGGGGUAUCCCAUCUUACAGCUGAGAGCGACAGACUUAGAUUCCCCCUCCAAUGCCAAUAUCCGUUACCGCUUUGUCGGUGACACGGCUGCAAUUGCUCGAGCUGCCUUUGAGAUUGACCCACGCUCUGGCCUCAUUACAACCCGUGGAGCGGUGGACCGGGAAACCAACGAGCACUACACUCUACAGGUGGAGGCCAGUGAUCAGGGGAAGGAACCAGGGCCACGCUCUGCUAAUGUUAAAGUUUUCAUCACUGUUCUGGAUGAAAAUGAUAACGUGCCACAGUUCAGUGAAAAACGCUACGUGGUGGCAGUGAAGGAGGAUGUACGGCCUCACUCUGAGAUCCUCCGUGUGAGUGCCUCAGACCUGGACAAGGACAGUAAUGCCGCUGUUCACUAUAAUAUCAUCAGUGGUAACAGCCGUGGACAGUUUUCUAUUGAUAGUGUCACUGGGGAGAUCCAUGUUGUGGCACCGCUUGAUUUUGAGUCUGAGCGGGAGUAUACACUCCGUGUUCGUGCACAGGACAAUGGCCGGCCACCUCUCUCCAACAACACCGGUAUCGUCAGUGUACAGGUGACAGAUGUCAAUGACAACCCACCAAUCUUUGUCUCCACACCAUUCCAGGCGUCAGUGCUAGAGAGUGCCCCGGUUGGUAGUUCCAUCCUCCACAUUCAGGCUAUUGAUACAGAUUCUGGUGAUAAUGCCCGUCUGGAGUACAGGUUGACGGGCACCAGCUCUGACACACCAUUCAUUAUCAAUUCUGCAACAGGCUGGGUCACUGUGAGCUCCAUUCUUGACCGAGAAUCUGUGGAGCACUAUUUCUUUGGCGUGGAGGCCAGGGAUUACGGCAUGCCGCCUCUUUCUGCCACAGCCAGUGUUACAAUUACAGUGAUGGAUGUUAAUGACAACCGCCCUGAGUUCCUUCAAAAGGAGUACUAUGCUCGUCUGAAUGAGGAUGCAGUGGUUGGUACCAGUGUAGUGACUGUAACGGCUGUGGACCGUGAUGUCAACAGUGCGGUGACCUAUCAGAUAACAGGAGGAAACACCAGAAACCGCUUUGCCAUCAGCACAGCAGGAGGGGCAGGUCUUCUCACUUUAGCUCUCCCAUUGGACUACAAACAGGAGCGGCGUUAUGUUCUAACAGUCACUGCCUCAGAUCGCACACUCCAUGACACCUGUCAAGUGCACAUCAACAUCACAGAUGCCAACACUCAUCGGCCUGUCUUCCAGAGUGCCCACUACUCUGUCAGUGUGAAUGAGGACAGACCACCCGGAAGCACUGUAGUUGUGAUCAGCGCCACAGAUGAUGAUGUUGGUGAAAAUGCUCGAAUCACAUACUUUCUGGAGGACAAUAUCCCACAAUUCCGCAUCGACUCUGCUACAGGGGCUAUAACACUCCAGGCAGAGCUUGACUAUGAGGACCAGAUGACCUACACUUUGGCUAUAACAGCUAAAGACAACGGCAUACCACAGAAAUCAGACACGACAUAUGUAGAGGUUAAUGUGAAUGAUGUAAACGACAAUGCCCCUCAGUUCCUCAGCCCCAGAUAUCAGGGAACAGUGAGCGAAGAUGCCCCUCCCUUCACCAGCGUCCUCCAAAUCUCAGCCACUGACCGGGAUGCACACGCCAACGGACGUGUUCAGUACACCUUCCAAAAAGGUGAGGAUGGUGAUGGAGACUUUACCAUUGAACCUACAUCUGGCAUCGUCCGAAGUGUUCGCCGUUUGGACCGUGAAAGCGUGCCAUUCUAUGAGCUCACGGCUUAUGCCGUAGAUCGCGGCGUGCCUCCUCAGCGAACCCCUGUCCACAUCCAGGUGACAGUCCUGGAUGUGAACGACAAUGCCCCUGUUUUCCCUGCUGAUGACUUUGAGGUUCUAGUGAAAGAAAACAGCGCAGUAGGCUCUGUGGUCGCCCAGAUCACAGCUAUUGACCCGGAUGAAGGCGCCAACGCUCAGAUCAUGUACCAAAUUGUGGAGGGCAACAUUCCUGAGAUCUUUCAGAUGGACAUCUUUUCAGGGGAGCUCACUUCACUCAUUGAUCUUGACUAUGAGACACGCAAUGAGUAUGUCAUCGUAGUCCAGGCUACCUCAGCACCCCUAGUCAGCCGGGCCACUGUCCGCAUCCGGUUGGUGGAUCAGAACGACAACCGGCCCACUUUGCAGGACUUCCAAAUUAUUUUCAACAACUUUGUGUCCAAUCGCUCCAACAGUUUCCCCAGUGGGGUAAUUGGGAGAGUACCCGCCCAUGAUCCCGACGUGUCAGACAGGCUGUACUACACCAUCGACCGAGGGAACGAGCUUCACCUGCUGCUCCUGAAUCACACCAGCGGAGAGAUCCGACUGAGCCGAAAACUGGAUAACAACAGGCCGCUGGUGGCUGCCAUGCUGAUCACUGUCACAGAUGGUGCUCACAGCAUUUCAGCACAGUGCGUUCUCCGCGUCCUCAUCAUAACCGAGGACAUGCUGGGCAGCAGUGUCACCGUCCGCCUCCAGAAUAUGUCCCAGGAACACUUCCUGUCACCGCUGCUGAGUAACUUCCUGGAGGGCGUGUCGGCGGUGCUCUCGGUGCCUGUUGAGGAUGUUUUCAUCUUCAACAUCCAGCCAGACCUGGAUGCGGCGCCGGGAGGGAUCCUGAAUGUCAGCUUCUCUGCCGCCUUGCCGGGCGGACUCUUUUUCCCUUCUGAGACCCUGGAGGAACAGCUGUACCUGAACAGACCGAGGCUGACGUCACUAACACAGAUGGAGGUCCUCCCGUUUGAUGACAAUGUGUGUCUGCGUGAACCGUGCCAGAACUACAUGAAGUGCAUCUCAGUGCUGCGCUUCAACAGCUCCGCCCCCUUCAUUUCCUCACCCUCCAUCUUGUUCCGGCCCAUCCACCCCAUCGCGGGUUUACGCUGUCGCUGCCCAGUUGGCUUCACGGGUGAUUACUGUGAGACGGAGAUCAACCUGUGUUACUCCAACCCCUGCAUGAACGGAGGGGUGUGUGCCCGCAGAGAAGGAGGGUAUACCUGUAUCUGCCGUGAAGACUACACUGGUGACCGGUGUGAGUUUGACCGACGGCAGGGCAGGUGUGUGCCAGGUGUGUGUCGCAAUGGAGGGACGUGUCGGGAGCUUUCAGGUGGUGGUUUCCGCUGCGAGUGUCCUGCAGGAGGCUAUGAGCGUCCAUACUGCACAGUCACUGCUCGCUCCUUCCCGCCAAAGUCCUUCGCCAUGUUCCGGGGCCUCAGACAGAGAUUUCACCUGUCCAUCUCGUUAACUUUUGCCACCCUGGAGAACAGCGGUCUUCUCUUCUAUAAUGGACGCUUCAAUGAGAAACAUGAUUUCAUCGCCUUGGAGAUCCAAGAAGGACAAGUAGUACUCAAAUAUUCCACAGGUGAAUCGUCCACUCAGGUGAGUCCCUUCCUGCCCGGCGGUGUGAGCGAUGGCAACUGGCAUACUGUUCACAUCCACUACUACAACAAGCCAGCUACACGCUAUCCCAAGCGCAGUAUGAGCGGCGAGGCCCAGGGUCCGUCAGAUGAGAAGAUUGCUGUGGUGAGCGUUGACGACUGUGAUACGGCCUUGUCACUCCGCUUUGGUACACAACUUGGAAAUUACAGCUGCGCUGCGCAGGGCAAACAGACCAGCAACAAGAAGUCUCUGGACUUGACCGGCCCAUUGUUUCUGGGUGGAGUUCCCAAUGUACCAGACAACUUCCCAUUUGGCACCAGGGAGUUUAUCGGCUGCAUGAAGGAGCUGCACAUUGACAACAAGCCACUGGACUUGGCUGGGUUUAUCGCUAACAAUGGAACGCUCCCCGGCUGCAGUGCCAAGCUUCCCUUCUGUAAGUCCAACCCCUGUCAGAACGGAGGAACCUGCAGGGUGAGCUGGGAGACUUUCUCCUGCGACUGUCCUCUAGGGUAUGGAGGAAAGGACUGUAGCCACGUGAUGCCACACCCCCACCGCUUCCUGGGUAACAGCGCCCUCUGGUGGGACCUGAAGAACGACGUGACCAUCUCCACGCCCUGGUACCUCGGCCUGGUGUUCAGGACCAGAGCGCGAGAGGGGACGCUGCUGCAGGCUCAGGCCGGCCAGUACACCAGCCUGCUUUUCCAGGUGAUAAAUGGUCAGCUGGUGUUCUCGGUGACCCGUGGUUCGACCAGACCGGUGCGUUUGCGGUUGGAUCAGGUGCAGGUGGCAGACGGCCGGUGGCACGACCUCCAACUGGAGCUGCGAGAUGUUCGCAGCGGCCGUGAGACACGCUAUGUUGCAACACUACGGCUUGACUUUGGACUCUAUCAGGGCACAGUGAUAGUGGGAAAUGAGAUUCAUGGUUUGAAGGUGAAACAUCUGCAUGUGGGAGGAGUGCUGGGCUCUGGAGAGGUUCAAAACGGGAUAAAAGGAUGCAUACAGGGCGUUCGGUUGGGUGUACGGCCUGACUCUCCUGCCUUGCCACGCCCAUCAAGAGCUGUCAAAGUAGAGACCGGCUGUAAUGUUGGCAACCCCUGCGUCUCGUCUCCUUGCCCCAGCCACAGCCGCUGUUCAGACCAAUGGGAGCGGCACACAUGUAUCUGCGAACCUGGUUACUACGGGAGAGGCUGCACUGACGCUUGCCAUCUGAAUCCAUGUGAAAACGAGGCUCAGUGCCACAGAAAGCCAAGCUCUUCCCAUGGAUACAUCUGUGACUGUGGAGACAACCACUACGGGCAGUACUGCCAACACAGGAUUGAUCACCAGUGUCCCAGGGGUUGGUGGGGAUCUCCGACUUGUGGACCGUGUCACUGUGACACCAAUAAAGGCUUCGACCCGGACUGCAACAAGACCAGUGGAUACUGUCACUGCAAGGAGUUUCACUACCGUCUGCGGAGCUCUGACACCUGCCUGCCAUGUGACUGCUACCCUGUGGGUUCCUUCUCGCGGUCAUGUGACCCAGAGACAGGACAGUGUCAGUGCAGGGCCGGUGUGAUUGGUCGCCAGUGCAACAUAUGUGACAGCCCCUUCGCUGAGGUCACAAAUUCAGGCUGUGAAGUCAUUUAUGAUGGUUGUCCAAAGACCAUCACUCAGGGGAUCUGGUGGCCUCGGACCAAGUUCAACCUGCCUGCUGCAGUGCCCUGCCCCAAAGGCUCUGUCGGUGCGGCCAUCAGACACUGUGAUGUAGAGAGAGGAUGGCUGGAGCCAGACCUUUACAACUGCACCUCACCGCCAUUUGUGGAGCUCAAUGCUGCUCUUGAUUCUCUGGAGCGUAAUGAGACAGAGCUGAACACCAUCAUGGAGAAGAAACUUGCCCACCAGCUCCGCGAUGUCACCGAGGCAACCGCCCGACUCUACGGCAAUGACUUGCAGAUUGCCGAACGACUGCUGUCCCGCCUCCUCACCUUUGAGACCCAACAGAGUGGCUUCGGACUCACCGCUACUCAGGACGCACAUUUUAAUGAGAACAUUGUGCGAGGCUGCAGUGUGCUCUUGGGUCCUGGUACCUCUGGGCUUUGGCGGGCUCUUGCUCAGAGUCAGAACCACAUCCCGGGCGGCGGUCCAGCCGAGCUGACGGAGCUGCUGGAGCAGUACGCUCAGAAUCUGGCCCAGAACAUGAAGCUCACCUACCUCAACCCUGUGGCGCUGGUUGCUCCAAACAUAGUCAUGAACCUGGACCGUGUGGAAAACCAGACCCACGUGCGACGGCGUUUCCCACGUUACCACAACACACUGUUUCGCGGCCAAGCUUUGUGGGAUCCCUACACCCAUGUGAUACUGCCCCCUGCUGCUCUGGUGCCACAACGACAACAGCAGCAACACAACUGGAAGGAGAAGGAGAAGGAGCGCGCAGAGAAAGAGCCCUCGUCCCCUCAGAAUGCUGCUUCCCCCCCUGUCGGUAUCGGAUCCAAUCAGACAGGAGAAUACACUGCAGCCAGACGCACUGUUUCAAUGCCAGAGCAGCCCAUCACCAUCGUCAUCUUGCUGAUCUAUCGCAGUCUCGGCAGCGCGCUCCCUCCCAAGUACCACACAGACCGCAGAGGAGUGAGGCUCCCUCGACACCCAGUAAUGAACUCUCCGGUGGUCAGUAUCUCUGUCUACAACAACCAGACGUUUGUGGGCGGACACUUGGACCAGCCCAUUCUGCUUGAGUUCAAGCUAUUGGAGACAUCCAAUCGCAGCAAGCCACUGUGUGUGCAGUGGAACCACAGCACUCAGUAUGAGACAGGAGGUUGUUGGACAGUCCGGGACUGUAUAGUGGUGUACAGGAACACCUCUCAUGUCCGCUGUCAGUGCCAGAGACUGGGCACCUUCGGCGUGCUUAUGGACAGUUCACAGAGAGAGCAGCUGGAGGGGGAUCUGGAGACUCUGGCCCUGGUCACAUACUCCUCUCUGUGCGUCUCCAUGCUGGCCCUCCUCCUCACUGUCCUGGUGCUCUCCUGCCUCCGAGGCCUCAAGUCCAACACCAGAAGCAUCCAUUCAAACACAGCGGCGGCCAUGUUUUUGUCUGAGCUGGUGUUUCUGCUCGGGGUCAAUCAGACUGAACAACAGUUUCUGUGUACAGUCGUCGCCAUCCUCCUGCAUUACUUCUUCAUGUCCACGUUUGCCUGGAUGUUCGUGGAGGGCCUUCAUAUCUACCGCAUGCAGACCGAGCAGCGCAACAUCAACUUUGGUGCCAUGAGGUUCUACUACGCCAUCGGCUGGGGCGUGCCCGCCAUUAUCACAGGCCUGGCGGUGGGCUUGGACCCAGAGGGUUACGGGAACCCAGACUUUUGUUGGAUCUCCAUCUAUGACAAACUCAUCUGGAGCUUUGCUGGUCCCAUAGCCAUCGUCAUACUGAUGAACGGAGGGAUUUUCAUGAUUGUAGCCAAGAUGUCCUGCAAUCCCUCUCAGAAGGAGACCAAGAAGCUUCCUGUCAUUGCUACCAUUCGCAAUGCCUUUCUGCUGUUACUGGUCGCUACCUCCACCUGGCUGUGUGGUCUGAUGGCUGUGAACAACAGCAUCCUGGCUUUCUACUACAUAUUCAACGUCCUCUGCCUAGUGCAGGGUCUGUCGGUGAUGCUGGUCUUCACUGUAUUCAACUCAGAGGUAAAGGAGGCCUGGAGCGUAGCCUGUUUGGGUAAGAAGAGUCCCGGAGAAGACCCACCAAGACCACCACAGAACACUGCUCAGAACCCCUAUCACAAUGCAUCUCUGUUGGAGCAGAGCGGGCUGCACCGCAUCACUCUGGGAACCUCCACCAUCUCCUCUGUCAGCUCCGCCAGAGAAAAUCUGUUGGCCCGUCAGACUCUGGAACAAAACAUCGUCCACACCGGAGCGACAGACCUGGAUGUAGCCAUGUUCCACAGAGAUGGAGGUGAAGAUUCGGACUCAGAUUCCGACCUCUCCAUGGAGGAGGAGCGCAGUCUCUCCAUCCCUUCCUCUGAGAGCGAGGACAACGUCCGACUUCGUGGACGCAUCCAGCGGCGGUUCAAACGCUCCAAUCACAGCGAGCGUCUGCUCACAGAGCCCACCCACAACGGCACCAAAGACCUGGAUGGCAAUGACCUUCUGUCGUACUGGCCAGCUUUGGAGUGUGAGACACACAGCCUUCAGAAGUGGGGCUCAGAGCGCCCCCUGGGGGCAGAUUACAGCAAGGAUGCUGCCAACAACAACCAGCCUGACGCUGCGCUAACCAGUGGGGAUGAGAACGGCCUCACCCAGCCGCACAGGCACCGCAAAGGUAUCCUGAAGAAUCGUCUCGGCUGUCCCCCAGCACUUCAGGGACUUUCCACCAUGGGCCGGGUCCCGAGUGAGCUCAACUGGUACCGAACUUCUACUCUGGGUCACAGGGGGGUUCCUGCAGCCUCGUACGGUCGCAUGUACUCUGCCACAGCCGGCGCUGGUGGAGGGUCUGGCUCUCUGUCUCAACCAGCCUCCCGCUACUCCUCAAGGGAACACCUGGAUUCGCUGUCCCGGAGGCAGCUGUCCAGGGAUCCGCUAGGGAGACAGACGGUAGGGGGGUCGAGGGACCGGUUGGACUCACGGGGUUCCAGGGACAACCUGGAUCUCUUGCCCAGGAGGAGGGAGCUGGGGCUGGGGCAGGGAGCAGGGCUAGGGGGCCUGGGGCUGGAUCACCAGCGAGUCUCAUCAUCCAGGGAAAACUUGACAGGAUCCAGAGACAGACUGGACAACCACCACACAGGUAGCGUCCAUGCCUCGAGGGAGGACUUGAGCGGAAAUGGAGGAGCGGUCGGAGCAGGAGUGGAGGGAUACCUCAGUGGAUCGAGGUCGCAGCUGAACUCGCUAACUCGGCGGCAGGCCUCAUCCCGGGAGCACCUAGGGGGUGCGAUGAUGAGCAGUAGGUCUAGGGAGCAGCUGGAGACCAAUGGGGGCGGAGCUCAGGCUCAGCCAUGUCGGGAGUGGCUCCGCACUUUGCCUCCCCGCCAGCCCUCACACCCCGACCAGCCUCCUUCCUCCUCCCCUCCUCCCCCGAUCUCUGAGGAGCCCCAGCAAGAGCAGCACCCAGCUCACGUCAGAGGACGACUGGACUCCGCACCUCCAUGUAGGUACCCCAGUCAGACUGUCCCCCAGGGCGCAGGUUCAAAUCCAAACCCUCUGGGUCGACAGCCGUCCAGUGAACACCUGGAUAUUCUGUCAUCCAUCCUGGCAUCCUUCAAUUCCUCAGUCCUCACUCCUCCUCCCGCUGCCUCUAACCCUGGGCCUAAUGGCUCCGCCCAUGGACCCUCCCCCUCCCCGCCCCAGUCAGCCACCUCCCACAGCAUAUCUGAAGUCUCCCCCGACUCCGAAGCCAACAGAAGUGAAGGACAGUCUUGAUGACAGCCUCCAUAUCCCUUUAUGCAUAGCGACAGUGCUUUGAACACCAGGGACAAAUUCAAAGGUCCUGGAUGGUCCUGAACCACAGGGGCACACUGGGACAUCGGAGGACUAGAAACAAACUUGGGACAGAGGAAACAGAGUUGGAAACAAAGUAAGACAGAGAGAGCGUCUAUGAGGAUAAAAGAGGACGCUCGUGGGCGGUGUGUACUGUAUAAAUUAGGUUUUUCAAAGUCCCUGCGCCUACAGUGAUCUUUGACAUUUCUUCGGACGCUGAGUCAACCACCUCUACUACCUAAAAACUGUUAAAGACAAAACCACAAACUCAGAUUUCAAACGCAAGUCAGCUCGACCCAGACAACAUCCGUCUUAAAGAAGAAAAAAAAAUACUGUAAAUAACAUUUUUAUACAUUUUGUAUCUUUUUCAUUGGAGAUGAAGAAGAAAUCUCUUGUGAUGUUUUUUUGUUUUUUGUUUUUUUUUUAAACGAUUGUGUCCGUGUGAGGUUGUGACUGAGGUUGGUGCGAGUGCAGUCUUGUUCGUUGCUGAGGGAGACGUUUCCCCGAUAAAGAAAAAAAAAAAUCCCUAAAUUUCUCCCUGAAAACAAUUUCCUCAGAAACUUUUCCUCACACUCAUCAACUCUGUAUAGCGACAGGGGUCCGGCAAUAGUAUCUGAUGAGAUUAUCGAAACCGCAACAUGCGGUUGAAGGGAAAAUAUCAAAGUAGCGAGAAGUGAUUGUAAAUAAAGGGAGGGAUUAUUAUAAGAAGAGAUUUGAUGGAAGAUGAUUGUGAAGAGAAAGGUAGCCAACGUUAAGCUAAAACACCACGUGAAGGUUCAGAGUUGGUGGUUCAACUGUUAAAGCUCAGUCGCGAGUGUCAAAGUAUCAGCUCUUUGAGGAGAUUGUGCUGUGUUGUGAUCCACUGUAUAUGAAUGUGACCUUGUCAUCUGUCUGUGUAUCCUUGUGCCUGGUGCUGUCUGAACCAGACCAUAUCAGUCAUCAUUGAUAUUCUGGAGGCCUGGCACGUGAAGGUGGAUAACUGUCUGCUUCUCUGUAUGAGGCUGUAUCAUGUAACAACCAUUUAAAGCCCCUCAAGGUAUUUUGCUCUUUGAUGCAUCACAACUCAGCCUGCCUCAAGAGACGCCACAGGAGCGGCCGAAUUUCUCCGGCAGCAUCCAGGAGACUCGUUUAUAAAAGCUUCUCAUGCAGAAGUUCUGUGCAAAUCCAAGCCAAAGGGACAUUGCUUAAAAUCAGUACCGUGCAUUGUUGUUCUCCAGUUUUAUGUGAUGAAGAUGACUCUAGAUGUGAUUCACAGUUCUGUUUUUUUUUGUUGUUUUUUUUUAAUGAUUGUACCAUGGAAAGAAAGCUAAAUUGAAAAAUGGUCUUUAUUAACGAGGCCCUAGGUCUGCGCUACAACAUAACCCACUGUGGUUGUUUUUUUAUUUGGCUGCAUACUGAUUAAGCAAGUGGAUUUUGGUUUGGCAUGUAGGAGGAGAGGAGAUCAGAGGAAAGACGUUAUGAGUCACAUCUCUGUGCGCUCAGAUAUUUGUUUAUAGACCUGCAGUACAUAUCCAGCAUGGUAUCUACCAGAAUAUAUUAGCUCAUGUCUGCAGCCUAUGAUGCCCAUGCCAGAUUUUUUUUUCUUGCUUGGCUGAACACAGUUGCUGGGAAAUCACUUCAGAACAUCCUUUAUAUGUGAGAAAUGCCCCAACUCACAGGCUCGAAAACAUCCAACAUGAUCUGUCAUUGAUGAAGAGGCUCACACCAGAACACAUUUGCUCUCAUUGUUUAGACCGCUGUACAAAGAUGUCACCUCUCGCAAGAUCCGGCGCAGCUUCUGCUGAGGAGAGAUGUCAGUUGUGUCAGCGCUAAAAGCCUCUAAGUGGUUUUGAGAUGCAGGUCUUUCCAUCUGCAGCUGCUACUUUCUCACAGCUGUUUGAGCGAGCGGCGAGCUCAGACCUUUAGGUAACAACACACAGGCAUUUGUAAGCAACGGAGACAGGCAGGAAGUCCGCAGCAGCCUUCUGAGGGAUUAAGGGAUUGUGGCUAACAUACUGUAACUGUGUUUUCCUAAUGAAAAAAAUGCAGCGGCUCAUAAAAACUAAAGGCAAAAUGAGGUUUUUCGUAUUGCCAAAAUGUGUUGUCUGCGUGUCCUCGAGCAGAGAGCACUGUGACAGUCAAAUAAUACUUGUAAUAACAAUAGAGCAGCAGGAGGAUUUAAAAAAACAAGGAGGCUAAAAUAGAACACAAUGAGCAUGAGAACAAAUCAUGAGGUACAAAACCAGACAAGGUUGGAACAAAUUGGGUCAGAAACCAUGACUGUGUGCAGAAUGUAGCUGCAGGGAGGAGGGCGUGGACGUUAGUCAUCGCAGAGAGGACGAAGAAAAAUACAUUGAAUGCAGAUAGUGGAAGUAAACACACACACACCUCGCAAGUGCAUAUCUCCCUGCACUGACCGCUGCUCUGUCACCCUCAUGUCACUGGGGUGUGAUGAGUGAACCUAUUUGUUACAGUAGUAUUGCCAAAUACGCUCCUGCAGGGGAACACUACCCAGGAUUCUGUUAAAGGGGUAGUACACCUAAAAAGAUAUGUGACUGUCCUCUUCACUCUUUUCAUUCACCUGCUCCGUUUAUUUAUUUUUCUCCACAGAUCCGUUUGUUACCUUCAGCUGACAGUACCUUUAACUUGUACAGACAUGAGAUUUAUUUUAUUUAUCGAUAAUUUAUUGACAUUGUAUUGAUUAUUUAUGUUGCCAUUUUGUACGAGUUCAAAGAUGUGGUUAUUAUUUGUCCAAAUGUUUCUGUUUCUUAUGAUCUGAGUCUCUCACUGUAACAAAUUCGCACAUGAAGGACAAGAGGAGAGGGGAAUGUGAAGAUAGAAAUGUCUCUGUUAGCAAUGUGAUGCAGGACACUUUGCUUUCCAGCAUUUAAUUUGGUUUCUUUAUCCGAUCAUGGGGGUAAAAUGUGGAAUAAUCUGACAAAAAACAAACUAUAUAGGUGCAUUUAUCCUCCCCAGGCAGUGUCGACAUAUCUAAACAUAUCUAAACUACAAGUUGAAUACUGGGUGUAAAUAGUGCUGCAGAUAAAGUCCCAAAUCAAACCUUUGUCCUCCCUCUUCACCAUCACAGAUCCAAGACUGAAGCUUCACAUGCACAACAUCAGAUCAUUAACUGGUGACGUCUGUGAAGUGAAAUGACAGAACUCCAGCUUCAGGUUAAUCUGGUUGGGACCAAUAGGAGCCGCACAGGUGAGGGGAGACAGACACACUGAGAGGAGACUGAAACGUUGUGAUGUGCUCUGAAAAAAGGAAAAAAGUGGGGAAGUGACGGAAGGAAAGAGACAGAGUGAGAGGUAGUCGUGGUGAGGAGGAGGAGGAGGGAUGGGAGAUUGUCUUUGUUAGCUUGUGUGUUCAUUAUGGGAUGCCUUCUAUCCCGCCGUCGGCAAGGGGAUGGCGGCAUGGAAACAGCUGUUCCCCUGUUACCGCGGAAACAAGAGAAAUGUUGGACAUUAAAAAAAUGACUUAUUCC